AUGUUUCUACAACCUUCUCUCUCACCUGUUGGCGCACCUAACUACACAGCUGUAGCCACACCCCCUACCGCGCGUUGCAUUAGCCACGCCCACAAGCACGCAGCUCUUAGCCACGCCCACAAGCCCUCAGCUGUUAGUCACGCCCACAAGCACUCAGCUGUUAGCCACGCCCACAAACACUCAGCUGUUAGCCACGCCCACAAGCACUCAGCUGUUAGCCACGCCAACAAACACUCAGCUGUAAGCCACGCCCACAAGCACUCAGCUGUUAGCCACGCCCACAAGCACUCAGCUGUUAGCCACGCCCAUGCUCCCACAAGCACUCUUGACAAUGACACAUCCUCGGCCCGACAAUGA